CUUAGCUUACCGGAAUGUCGAUAAGCUUUAAUAAACAAGGUAUAAAACCACGAAGCUCCCGUCCAUACUCCAUAAGACCAUAGUCAUCAUUAUCAUACUUGCGCCCGCGUCAGCUUACCUUACACUUCCAUGGCGAAACUUACAUCGGAGCUAAUACUCGACAAUUCACCCUCGUCAGAUCCCCAAUUCGACGUCGUAUCACUCCUCAAUUACUGCGCUUCUCAUAUCCAGGGCUUCCCUUCUUCUGUUUCUCCCUCCCACUUCUCCGUCCGUCAGUUUGGACAUGGCCAAUCAAACCCUACAUUUUUGUUGGAAGUUGAUGGCGGUGGUAUAUUGAAGCGGUAUGUCUUGAGAAAAAGGCCUCCUGGGAAACUGCUCCCUUCUGCUCAUGCUGUGGAGAGAGAAUAUAAGGUCUUACAUGCAUUGGGUACUAAUACCAAUGUACCAGUUCCUAAGGUCUUUUGUUUAUGCACUGAUACGAGUGUGAUUGGAACUGCUUUUUAUGUAAUGGAGUAUUUGGAUGGUCGCAUAUUUUUAGAUCCAACAAUUCAGGGUCUGGAACCUCAGAGGAAGAGUGCAAUAUAUCGGGAGUCUGCUCGAGCAUUAGCUUCUUUGCAUCUAAUUGAUGCUGAUGGCAUUGGUCUGGGAAGUUUUGGGCGCCGUGAAAACUAUUGUAAAAGACAGGCAAAAAGGUGGGGAAAGCAAUAUGUGGCAUCAACUGCAGGGGGUAAGCCAGAAAGAAAUCCUAAAAUGCUUGAGCUGAUCAGCUGGUUGCACGAUAAUUUACCUUUGGAAGAUUCAUCUGGAUCUGCUUCUGGUCUUGUUCAUGGUGACUUUCGGAUUGAUAAUCUUGUCUUCCAUCCGGUUGAGGAUAGAGUGAUUGGAAUUCUGGACUGGGAAUUGUCUACUCUUGGAAACCAAAUGUGUGAUGUUGCUUACAAUUGUUUGCCUUACAUUGUAGAUUCUGCUAUUGAUAAGAUAGGUCAGGACAAAGGAUGGGAUCAGAUUGGAAUACCAGAGGGGAUUCCAUCAAUGGCUGAAUAUGUAGCAGAGUACUGCUCUGGAACUGGAAAACCUUGGCCUGCUGCUCAAUGGAAGUUUUACGUUGCUUUCUCUUUGUUUCGUGCGGCAGCUAUCUACACAGGCGUCUAUAGCAGAUGGAUUAUGGGUAAUGCUUCAGGAGGAGACCGGGCCAUCCAUGCUGGAACAAAAGCUAAUGUUCUUGUAGACUAUGCAUGGUCAUUUAUUGCUAAAACUUCUGUACUUCCAGAGAGGCCCCCAUCUGGCUGGUGCUCUCAACAUCAUAAUCAAGAGUAUAGAAAUCAACAUGAAAUUCCAGAUUUCAUGAAGAAAGAAGGUAAAUAUGUUCCUAGUGGAAGGGUUAUGGGACUCAGGAACAAACUGAUCAAAUUUAUGGAGAAUCAUAUAUACUCCAUGGAGAAUGAGUUCUACAGACUUGCUCUGUCUCCCUCCCGUUGGAGUGUUCACCCUGUGGAACAGAAGUUAAAGGAGCUGGCAAAGAGAGAAGGUUUAUGGAAUUUAUUUAUACCUUUUGAUAGUGCAAUGCGAGUUAAAAAAUUAUUUUCCAAUGGAAAAAGCCAGAAUUCUUUCGAGGGUAGAGGUGGCCAAUUACUUGGAGCAGGGCUGUCAAAUCUUGAAUAUGGAUAUCUUUGUGAAAUUAUGGGCCGUUCUGUUUGGGCUCCUCAGAUUUUCAACUGUGGGGCACCUGAUACCGGAAAUAUGGAGGUUUUACUACGCUAUGGGACUAAAGAUCAACUAGAAGAAUGGCUUAUUCCCUUGCUUGAAGGCCAAAUACGUUCUGGGUUUGCGAUGACAGAACCACAAGUAGCAUCUUCUGACGCUACUAAUAUUGAGUGUUCCAUAAAAAGAGAUGGAGAUUGUUACGUUAUUAAUGGAACCAAGUGGUGGACAAGUGGGGCUAUGGAUCCGAGAUGCAAACUUCUCAUCGUUAUGGGUAAAACAGAUUUUAGUGCUCCAAAACACAAGCAACAGUCCAUGAUCCUCGUUGAUGUAAAAACUCCUGGUGUACAUAUAAAGAGACCACUUAUGGUGUUUGGUUUCGAUGAUGCUCCUCAUGGUCAUGCUGAAGUGUCUUUCCAGAAUGUACGUGUGCCAGCCAAGAAUAUCUUACUUGGAGAAGGACGUGGAUUUGAAAUUGCUCAGGGUAGGUUAGGACCUGGAAGGCUGCAUCAUUGCAUGAGACUUGUUGGAGCAGCUGAACGUGGUAUGCAGAUGAUGGCUGAAAGAGCCCUUCAACGUAAAGUGUUUGGUAAACUGAUUGCGCAGCAAGGCUCGUUCCUUUCAGAUAUAGCUAAGUGUCGCAUAGAGCUAGAGAAAACCAGACUUCUGGUUCUCGAAGCUGCUGACCAACUUGAUCGGCUUGGAAACAAAAAGGCUCGUGGGACCAUAGCAAUGGCCAAGGUGGCUGCUCCAGCCAUGGCGCUGCAGGUGCUUGACAUGGCUAUGCAGGUGCAUGGAGCCCUGGGCUUAUCUUCUGACACUGUAUUGUCACAUCUGUGGGCAACGGCAAGGACCCUAAGAAUUGCUGAUGGUCCAGAUGAGGUUCACUUGGGUACUAUUGCCAAAUUGGAGCUGCAAAGAUCCAGGCUUUAAGGAUUACAUAAUGCUGAAAUAAAAACAUAAGUUUCUGAGCUACUAACCGCUUUGCGUGAUCCUGCUACUGCUGCUGAAGAAAACACAGAUAAGUUUCAAAAAAUAAUUACUGUGCUGGGAAUAGAUGUAAAAUUGUAAUAUAUGGAUAUGUGAAACCUUGGAACCGUCUGUUGCAUGGAAUAGAAAGAAAAGUUUUAUGAUGGAAUUGGUCAGAUCUAGAUCGCGUUAUUGUCAACUUCAUGACUGGAAGGAAUACGGAAAUUUGAUAUGUAAUAUGAUCAUCUAAUCUGUUUUACCAAUGAACCAUUUAGUCACAAAAUAAUAUAAUAUUGUGUGGACUGUAAAAAGGAGUUUUCAUGCUUUGUUUUGAGUUUUAAUAGGUUUAAGAAUCUUGUACUAUAUAUAACCAAGAUUUCGGCCAUCAUAAUAAAGGUAUGUUUUGUUUUGAGUUUAA